CUACGGACCGCACCACCUCCCAAACCAGAUGCGGCAAUUCGAGAGGCGUGUCAUACUGUCUGGAAGGCUACAAUAUCGUGUGCUAAGCCGCGCAUGUCGCUUUUGAGGCCCAGGCGCCCCGUAAUACACCGGUGACGCAGCCAUGCCGCUCGUUUCAGCCUUGCCUGCUCUCAGCUGCAGUAUAAGUAGGCGCAGUCCCCUCUUCGAGUUCGUCAGCCGUCAUCAGAACCAGGAUGUCGAACAGAGUGAGCAAACCUUCGAACAAACACCGAGGACGUAAAAUCCCAGAUGCGCAGUGGGAGUGCAACCGCGAUCGCAUCAUCCAUCUCUGGUUGGAAGAUGGAGAUGACGGAAGAAAGCUGGAUGAGAUUGUGAAGAUCAUGGGGGACAGGCACAAAUUUCAUGCCACAGCUGCGCAGUAUCACAAUCGAUUUGUCAAGAAAUGGAACAUACGCAAGAAUGUCACAAAGAACGAGUGGCGGAAAUUGUACUGGGACAACGCCGACCGAAGACAAGCAAGAGAGGACUAUGAAGUAUUCUUCAACGGUCGACUUCUUACCUCUGAACAAAAAUCAAGAGAGUGGGAACGUUACGGCUUUGCCUCGGAAAGUCGUCCUGGAGACCUGAGUCCAUUGCCCGAGACCUUCGAGUACCGGCCAUGUGAUACUACAUAUGUGCCGAACCCAGUGGAACAGCUGUCGUCUCUGGUCUCGAACCACAUGCGAAUCAACGAAUCGAACGUCAACCCCAUAACAGAUGAUGCACUUGUUAGAACUGCACCAUCUCAGAUGAUCCUUGGCUCCAGAUCUCAUGUCUUCCUAGAUACGAGUGUAAUAAGCCCUUUCUCUUGGAGCUUUUGGCUGGACUGGACGAAGCUGACCAAGCUCGUGGGCCAUGAUCACCAAAUCGUCCACGCCUGGAGACCGGAUCUAAACCAGCUGAACGCUAUGUUCUACUCGCAGAACCAGACCCCGCUCACGGUUGCUACCGCUACAACUCCCCUUCUGCUUCAGCACUUGGUUUCGUCCAUCAUCAACGGUGUUACUCAUGCCAAAAACCGAACCCAAGGCGAUGUCUUUCAUCUGUUGAUAACGCUACCAAGACAAGCUGUAUCGAAAUUCUUCAAGGCUUUACCAACAGAGACCGUAGAUAUUGUCCGCCAAAGACUACGGGAAGCUGCUUUGAGGUAUAGUAAACCAGACACUGUGCAAGCCUUACUCGAGCUUGAGCAAAGUUUAUGUGUGAGCACAUUUCGCGCAGAAGCUGAGGUCUUUGCUGUACUGGAUAGGCUAAAGACUUGUGACGAAAUUGUCGCUCCGAUUAUCGUCCGAUACGCUUCUCGAGUGAGUCGUGAACAAGAUAUAGUCUUGAGCCGGCUUCUGAGCAUUUUCUCGGGGUGCAAGUCCAACGACCUACGUCUUCUUAAAUUUGUGGCUCUGAUGCAGAUCCCUAUCGAAGCCGGUGCAAGUCUCACAGAACCGUGCUUCUUUGUGCGGUGGCAUACUCGAGCAACUCUAGAAGAACUAAUCAGACUCGAAGAGAGCGACAUCCUCGUAUGGAUCGAAAGAGGGUUACUCGCCACAGCCACACAGAGUAUCUCACAAUAUGGAUCUCUGCGAGACAACACAUUGCUCAAUUGGAUUCUCUCCUCUUUGAAACGACAUUUCCACCAACAGCUUACUCAAGACAUGUGGACAGACCACGACGCCGCAGCGACUUGUUGUGCCCUGGUCAAUGCAUUCCAAGCUGCACUCGAUCGCGCUUAUGAGUGGUUAAUUGAAGCUAUCUACGAUACUAGUUAUCAAUUGGCCUGCUUUUUGCAUUACUCUCAAACCGAUUUUGAUCUCAACAACACAGUAAUGCAAGCCUGCAGCGACCGAGACUGGAAGCGAGCAUACCAGGCUGUUUCCGAGGCCAAACCGGCAAUUGUCGGUCAGCCAUACUCCAAUUACGAUGUUUGGAGGAGAGCUGAAGAGCAAAUGAGCGAUGCAGUGAUCCUUGAGGACCUCGAUGAGAUCGAAGCAUUGUUUGAUAUGGAGGAGGAAGUGGACCCGUGGGAUGCAUUUGACACAGCAAUAGAAAACAAUUGCCACAAUGCUACCGCCCUAUUAGCCACAUAUUUUGGCAAUGAUAGGAUCAUCGAUCUGUUGGCAGAUAGCAAAGUGCAAGCAAUCAGCACACUUCUCUGUGAGCAGUCACACUGGACCGAAAUUAUUCAGAAGCUGAACAGGGAAUACACCUAUGAUGACCUGGAAGAUAUUCUGUAUCAUAAAAUCCCGCACAAGUCUUGCCGCCAGUUCCCAUGCUGUUUGGACUUGUCCCGUCUCGAGACUCAACAGAUUGUGCUCCGGGUUAUGAGCUAUCAUGCUAUUCACAAGCGUGACACAGCAUUUCUCGACUGGCUACAACAACAUGACUUGGCGAUAGAGGGCAUUCUUGUUGCGAGAAACGAAGACAUGGAUAUCCUGGAGCUGCAGACCUUGUCAAGUCAGAAAAGCAAGCUUCUCAAUCCUAACACUACAGGCGAGUAUGACAUACGCCUUCCGUCUCUCAUUGAGGUCGCAACCCAACUCAACGAUGUAACUAUGAUCGGUUACCUACUCUCACAAAGGCUUGUGUAUCGUGAUUCUGAUGCACUUUUACACGCAGUCAAGACCAAGGCGCAGAUGGCGACAAUCAGAAUACUUCUGCAAGUGAGCUGUCCGAUGCCCACCGGACCAAUCAAACAAUAUGGAAGUGCCGCUUUGCGCUGCGCCAUUCGCGACAAGAACCACGAACUUGUCGGUGUACUGGCCAAAGCGACGGACAUACAUGGCUUGGAGGGGGUGUUCCAAUGGGAAGGAUGUCUCAACUAUCUAGACCCGCUCGGUGAGGCAAUAUUUCGAAAAGAUUGCGUUGCUGUUGGGAUCCUGAUAGAGAACGGUGGAAAUCCCAAUGCUAUAGUCGCUUUUGACGGACUGCACGAACACACCCCUCGAACCGCCGAAAACAGUGUUCUGUCGCGUAUGACAGCCCUUCUCGUUGCCAUUGAUGUCGGAGACUUCACAAUGGUACAGUUUCUGGUUGAGAGAGGAGCAAAUGUCAACCGUGAGUCGACGAUGGGCGUAUUAAGAACCCCGUUGCAGAGAGCUGCAGAAAUUGGCGACUUUGAGAUGGCGCAAUACUUCAUCAGUCAGGGGGCCAUAGUUGAUGCUGCACCGCGAUAUGGAGGUGCAACGGCAUUGCAACUGGCUGCCAUGAGUGGCCAUCUUGGAAUCGCUGCACUCUUGAUUGAACAUGGUGCCGACGUUAACCAUCCUCCGGCCAGGGGCCCAGGCCGCACAGCCUUCGAAGCAGCAGCAGAGUGGUGUCGGCCGGAUAUGAUGCAUUUUCUCGUACAACAUGGUGCACAACUGGAACUUGAAAUUGAAGAAGAGAUUGACGAAUCCUCGGAACCGGAUGGGAUGGUCAAGUCAACGAUAUAUCACUUCACUCGGUGGCGUCCUGUACACAAGUGGCGCACUCAAUAUGAGCGCGCAUUGCAAUUUGCAGAGGAUCGUGGAGAGCACGCUUCGAAGAGGGUCGUGGAGGCUAUAGCCAAACAGCUUCAAAGCCACCGGGGUGACGACCUCUCGAUCCAUUGGGAUGAGAACUUGCAUACGUCAGUGUUGCAAGAGAUUGAAUUACCUGUAGCCUAGGAAGCCAAUGUUCGACGGAAUUAGAUGUCAGCUACAGUGCUGUCGUGUAGAGAUGGAAAUCCUCAAUUUGCUUGAUCUGCCUACAUCCAAGGCGGAAGCGGGCGCGCUAGCUAUGUUCAGGUGUCAAUCUGCUGCGGGCGCCCACAGGAUGAUCCUGCGAACCCGCCGCGCACACCCUCAUCUCCUCCACAUUCACGCACCUUUUCCUGCACCAACUUUGAACCUAUGCAUCAGGGCCAAAUCGUGAUAUAACUAUACGUCUUAAUCUAUGAGCCCUUAUACGUAUCUGUAGUGACCUUAGUCCCAAAAACUAACCCUAUCACAUCCUGACAAGCCCAAGGAGUAGGGACCGGAAGAUCGUCUGGAAACUGUUUGGUGUUCUUUGCCAAGACGCUGUUUCCCGCUCGUUCAGAUCGGGAUGUGCGUGUCCGCAGGGACGACAGCUGUGGCGCCAGAGGCUGGACCGACGGAUCCUUGGCGCGUAGGGUUGGG